AUGCCGCAUCUAUAUUCCAGAGCACAGGGGCACGCCCGCGAUUCCCUGGAGCUCGCGUCGCUGGCGAGCUCCAGCCAGGAGGACACGGCAGAAGAGACCGACUCGCGCCCUAGCAUAUCUUCGUCCCGCAAGGCCUCGCUCGAGCGCGACGACCCCCUCGACUCGCACAACCCCGCCGCUGCCGCCUCGUCGUACGGACGCACGAACCGCCACGACCGCUCCUUCUCCGUCUCAUCGGGCUUCGACCUCGCCGCAAACCUCUUCCCGCUCUCCUCCACCACCGGCUCCGGCUAUGCCCCGUUGGGCGCCUCCACCGCCCCUGGCCAGCCUGGCGGCGGCGGCCUGGGCGGCGGCUCGCUCGAGAAACACAAGACGCUCACAUACCUCAACGGCCUCUCGCUGAUCGUUGGUCUGAUCAUCGGCUCCGGAAUCUUUUCGUCGCCUAGCCAGGUCAACGUCAACGUCGGGUCGCCGGGCGCGUCCGUAAUUGUCUGGGUCAUCGCCGGCGUGCUGGCAUGGACCGGCGCAGCGAGCUAUGCCGAGCUAGGCGGCGCCAUCCCGCUCAACGGCGGGUCGCAGGUCUACCUAGCCAAGAUCAUGGGCGAGCUGUCUGGCUUUCUCUUCUCAUGGGUCGCCGUGCUGGUGCUCAAGCCUGGCAGCGCGGCCAUCAUCGCUAUCAUCAUGGGCGAGUACUUGGUGCGCGCCUUCAUCGGCGCCGAGGCCGAGACUAUAAACCCCUGGGUCGGCAAGUCAGUCGCGCUAGUUGGCCUGGCCCUUGUCACGUUCCUGAACUGCGUCUCGACCCGGCUGGGUACACGGCUGAACGAUGCGCUCAUGUUCCUAAAGUUUAUUGCCUUGAUCGGCGUUACGGUCACGGGCAUCGUUGUUGCCGUCACGGGCUUCACGUACUCGGGCGAAGCCAACCAGGACUGGAAGCAGCAUCCAUGGUUUGAGGGCACCAAGACGGAUACGGCCGGCUGGGCCGUUGCUCUGUACGCUGGUCUGUGGGCAUAUGAUGGCUGGGACAACACAAACUAUGUGGUCGGGGAGUUCAAGAACCCAACCAAGGACCUGCCCCGCGUGAUCCACACGGCGAUGCCGAUGGUCAUCAUUUGCUAUGUCCUUGCAAACGUAUCAUACUUCUUUGUUCUGCCGCUCGCCACCAUCAACUCGAGCAACACGGUGGCGGUAAUGUUCGGCGCCAAGGUGUUCGGUCCCAUUGGCUCACUCGUCCUGGCCCUCAUCGUCAGCGCAUCGUGCUUUGGCGCGCUCAACAGCUCCACCUUCACCAGCAGUCGUCUAGUCUACGUCGCGGGUCGAGAGGGCUACUUCCCUGCGUUCCUUGGCAGGAUCGGGGUAGGGAGUGGCGGCGAGCACGGGGCCAUGUCGACGCGGGCGCAGAGCUCCUUCGCGAAAAGACUAGCCCGCCUGUUUGGUGACGAGGACACGGGCCUCUUCUACACGCCCGUGUGGGCACUGACGGUGAACGCGAUACUGACGGCCGCCUACGUGGCCGUGGGCGAGUUCGGGACCCUCGUCACCUUUUACGGUGUCGCGGGCUACACCUUCUACUUCCUGACCGUGCUGGGCCUGAUCAUCCUGCGGGUCAAGGAGCCGGAGCUGGAGCGGCCGUACAAGACGUGGAUCACGACCCCCGUCAUCUUUUGCUGCGUCAGCCUGUUUCUCCUUAGCCGCGCCGUCUUUGCGCAGCCGCUCCAGACCCUCAUCGUCAUCGCCUUCGUCGUGGCCGGCAUACCGGUGUACUUUUGGCGCGUUAGGGGCAGGGGCAAGGCCGUGAAGCGGGAGCUCGGCAGCGUGGGCGAAGGCGCUGGCGCGCCGUGGUGGAAGUUUUGGAAACGGUGGUCCAGGUGA